UGGUUUGCCGGACGUUUCCUUGUUUACAGCAGUGUGACUGAGCUGCUUGGAUGCCACACAAGGAUGUUGGACAGUCAUGGCUUUUUUCAAGACUAAAGAGCGAACCAAGGAAAGAUUUUCUCUCUUGUUAUUGGAUUUGGAAGAGUAUUAUUUUGAACAGCACACUGCAUACAAUGUGACAAGAGGCUCAGCUAAGAAGAGAAAAAUCCGAGGCUCAUUUAAGGUCUGUUCCAGAUCAGUCAUUUUUGACCCGGAAGAUUUUACGGAGCCAAUUUUAAAGAUUCCAUUGCGAGACUGUAAGCAAAUUGACUUCGUGGAAAAAGAGACCAACCCGUUCAAUGAACCCAAACCAUCCUCCAUUUUAAUUCACUGUGAACAGGUUAUAUACAUCAAAGAAAACUGCGUCGUUUCACCCUACAGAAACGAGCGAGGCACAAAGACUGUCAACUUUGAGCUGGAAGUGUGGCGUAAAACGGAGGAUGUCGUUCAAACUUUACAUCAACUGCAUCGAGCAUCCUGUCUGGAAAAGCUUGGUGACCAGACCGCUAUGAUUACAGCCAAUCUUCAAUCCCGACUGGCAAGGACAGCGUUCGACAAGUUCUGCUUUCAGAGCGUCGCCGAGACGCCUCACAUGGAGUGCACGGUGGAGAUGGUCCUCCCUCUGGUAUCCAAUCCCGGCCACGUCUGCGUUACAAACGAGAAUCUCUACUUUCAACCGCUCAACGGCUAUCCGGAGCAGGUCCUUCAGAUCAAACUGCAUCAAGUCAGGCGGAUCUACAAAAGAAGACACGGUCUCAGACCCCUGGGGCUCGAAGUGUUCUGUUCCGAGAACGACUUCUGUUCCGACAUCUAUCUCAAGUUUUACAACACGGCGGACCGAGAUGAAAUUUAUUACUUCAUUGCCACAUUCCUGGAGAACCACAUGACGGAGCACACAGCAGAGAGUUACAUGCUGCAGUGGCAGCGCGGCCACCUGAGUAACUACGAGUAUCUGCUCCACCUCAACAACCUUGCCGACCGCAGCUGCAACGACCUCUCGCAGUACCCCGUCUUCCCUUGGGUCGUCGCCGACUACACGAGCGCACAACUGGAUCUGACAAAUGCAGCCACAUUCAGGGACCUCAGCAAACCAGUCGGAGCGUUAAACAAAGAGCGGCUGGAUCGGCUCUUGUGCCGCUUCCGAGGCAUGCCCGAGCCUCGCUUCAUGUACGGCAGCCACUACUCCUCUCCCGGCUACGUUCUUUUCUACCUGGUCAGAGUAGCUCCAGAACACAUGUUGUGUCUGCAGAAUGGCCGCUUUGACCAUGCGGAUCGAAUGUUUAACAGCAUCGGUGAAACGUGGAAAAACUGCUUAGAGGGGGCAACGGACUUUAAAGAGUUAAUUCCGGAAUUUUACGGGGAUGACGCAAGCUUCUUGGAAAAUCACCUGCGCCUUGAGCUGGGUCGGCGGCAGAACGGAAGCUUUGUCGGCGAUGUCCACCUCCCACCCUGGGCCUCAGAUGCUCGGGAUUUCCUGCAGAAGCACAAGAUGGCACUGGAGAGUCAGUACGUGUCGGAGCACCUGCACGAGUGGAUCGAUUUGGUGUUUGGUUUCAAGCAGAGAGGAAGCGAAGCCGUCGGGGCCCAUAAUGUAUUUCACCCACUGACCUACGAAGGGGGCAUCGACUGUGACAGUCUGGAGGACCCGGACCAGAGGGUGGCCAUGCUGACCCAAAUACUGGAGUUUGGUCAGACUCCCAGGCAACUCUUCACCACUCCUCACCCUCAGAGGAUCGUGGCAAGGUCGCCCAACAUCACCAGGAGCCCGAGCCUCACAUCGCCCAUCAGCGAACUCACCCCGGGCUCUCUGAAUGAGGACUCCUCCUUCGAGGACCUGACAGAGGAGAGCCGGAAGCUGGCGUGGUCAAACAUGGGCCGUCUGACGCCAGCCUCCAGACACAAGAUCCAUAAAGACGCGGUGACGGCCAUCACCGUCAGCCGAGACGGUGCUUCCGUUUUCAGCACAUCCCGAGACUCAACGCUUAAGAUGUUCUCCAAAGAACUGAAGGACUUUCAGAGGAGCGUGUCUUUCUCCAAUAUGGCCUUGUCAUCAUGCCUGAUGCUGGCUGACGUUCAAAUGGUGGUGUGCUCCUCCUGGGACAAUAAUGUUUAUUUCUAUUCCAUCCCAUAUGGAAGGCGACAGGACACGCUGAUGGGUCAUGACGACGCCGUCAGUAAAGUGCUUUGGUCCGACGACAAGCUCUUCACGGCGUCCUGGGAUUCUACGGUCAAGGUGUGGCGGUGUGAGCCUCACGUUUUGUGCGGUCGCAAGAGAUCACAUUUUGAGCUGUUGGCUGAGUUGGAACAUGACGCCGGGGUGAACGCUAUUGGACUGAAUCCUUCGGGGACUCUGCUGGCGUCAGGAUGCAAAGACGGGGCCGUCACCAUCUGGGACACGGACGCCUACCGAACCCUUCAGCAAGUCGACUGCCACGCUGCCACCGUCCACCAUGUGUCUUUCAGUCCAGACAGUCGACACGUCCUCAGCAUUGGCGCCGAUUCCUUCAUGAAGGUCACUGACGUUCAGACGGGAAUGGUGAUCUCGUCCGUGAAAUCAGACGAGGAGCUCAGGUGUUUCCGCUGGGACGGAAACUCUGUGCUGUGCGGGGGCCAGUCAGGUGACCUCCUGCUAUGGGACUUGAUGAGCAACACCGUCACCGCCAGGAUCUCGGCACAUUCAGGUGCAGUCACAGCCAUGUGGAUGAAUGAGCUGCGUGCCACAGUGAUCACAGGCGGAGAGGACGGAGAGGUCAUCUACUGGAAGCUGCACGAUUAGUGCGCAGACUCUGAAGAACAUUUGGGGAAAAAUAAAGCCAUUGAUGCGAGGCAAUGGGAAAGCGUCAAGACCCCCAAAUCUUCAGCACAUGGUUAGACACAGAGGGUCUACGUUGAUGUGUGGCUAUCUGGACAUUGAGA